AUGCCUCCAGCAGCAACGACAGCCGUUUCCGAGAACACUCCGGCGCCCAAGAUGGCGGCGGUCGAGAUUGACCCAGCUACUCUCAACCCUGCCACGGUGACGACUAUGGUGGAGGUCAGGCUCGGUAUUGAUGAUCUGGACAGACGCAUCGUGACUUUGUUGGGUGACCGAAUGCGUUACAUCGAGGCGGCAGCGCGGAUAAAACCGAGCCGCAAGACGGUCCGUGACGAGUGGCGUAAGCAAGACGUCAUCACAAAGGCUGCUGUCCAGGCUGAGAAGGUCGACUUCCCACCCGAAUUGGUGCGUAACAUCUAUGAGGUCCUCGUGGAGGGCUCCAUCGCCCACGAGUUUACCAAGUUCGACGCCCGUGUCGGUGAGAAAUCCGAGGAUGCAACUGAGAACUAG